GUCAGCUGACUGAGCCCGAUGGCGGUGCGCAGUGUCUUCCGAGCGGCGCUGUUCCGGGACCGGGUGGUCGUGGUAACCGGCGGAGGGACUGGGAUCGGCACCGCUAUCGCAGCCGAGCUGCUCGGUUUAGAAUGUAACGUUGUAAUUGCAUCCCGGAAAAUUGAAAGACUGCGAGAAACUGCAGAACAACUUUCAGCUUCAAUUCUUCCAUCAAAUUCUGCAAAGAUCACAGCAAUUCAGUGUAACAUUCGCAAGGAGGAUGAGGUGAGGAACUUGAUGAAAGAGACUCUGCAGUUACAUGGAAGGAUUGAUUACCUGGCCAAUAACGCAGGAGGUCAGUUCCCUAGCCCCACCGAACACAUCACAGCUAAAGGCUGGAAUGCAGUGAUAGAGACCAACCUGACCGGAACAUUCUACUGUUGCAGAGAAGUGUAUGCUGCCUGGAUGAAGGAGAAUGGUGGGACCAUUGUAAACAUUGUGGCAGAUAUGUGGAAAGGUUUUCCAGGAAUGUCGCAUACGGGAGCAGCACGAGCUGCUGUGGACAAUCUUACGAAGAGCCUGGCUAUCGAGUGGGCAGCCAGUGGAGUGCGCGUCAAUGCUGUAGCUCCCGGAGUCAUUUUCUCAGAAACAGCUGUUGCCAAUUACAAGAAGCUGGGACCUGAAUUGUUCAAAGGUUACAUCCCAAAAAUCCCAGCCAAGAGACUUGGUGUCCCAGAAGAGGUUUCCUCUGUUGUUUGCUUCCUGCUUUCUCCCGCAGCCUCCUUCAUGACUGGGGAGACUGUGAAGGUCGAUGCUGGGCAAAGCCUGUACCAGAGCCCAUGGGAGGUACCUGAACACGACCGCUGGCCGCCUGCUCCUGAAAGCAGGAACUCCGCCGUUCUGGCUAAUUUCCUCGUUGAAAAACUUCCUUCAAAAUUGUGAACAAUCGCAGGAUCGUCUUCUGGAUGCACCGUCACCCAGUAUUGCCAAUUGCUCAGUUGAAAUCUGUGCAAUUUCCAUUGGUCUAUGUGAAACAGACUUAUAAAGCAAUUC